AUGCUUCAUCAACAAUCGUUUUCGAGUACUGGUGAAGACGAGAUGUUAUUCGAUGAUACAACACCGGUAACAUUUGGUGAAAAUAAGAAAUCUAAUUGUAAGGCGAAUAAACCUGAUUUAUCAACGCAGAAUUCAAAUGAUGAUAAAUUAUCAACUCUAUUCAAUACAACAGGUAGAGAAAAAAAUUCAACAGGUCCAUUAAAACAUUGGUUGUUUGAACAUCAGCAUCAUCCAUAUCCAAACGAAACUGAUAAACAAGAGCUAAUGGAAAAAACUAAAAUGUCUUUAUCACAAAUUACUGUUUGGUUUACAAAUGCUCGUGUUAAAAUGAGAAAAGAAAAUAAAUUACCCUUAAAUAUUUAUUCCAAGAAGAAAAAGAAAAAACAACAAGAUGAUUCAUUUCAUCUUGAUGAUACGUUAUCGCCACCACUUUCAACACAAAAUCUAUCUUUUAAUGAGUUAUCAACAUCGUUUGAUAAUGAAUAUACAAGUGAUGGAAAUCAUGAAGAUACAUACGCUUCUCAUCAUGUUAUUGCUUGUCCAUCAACUGAGAAACAUGUUGUUAUGGCAUAUUCGUGUUUGACAUAUGAACAAGUUAUUGAAAUUCAACGUUUUGUAUCAUUAUUUCCAAAUAAAAUAAAAUUAUCGAAUUGUGUUGAUGAGCACACAACACAUCUUAUUGUUGGAAAUGAAGAAAAACCAUUACUAUGCCCGUUGACAAUAAAACUAUUUCAAGCAAUUGCUCGUCAUUUGUUUGUUUUAACGCAUCGAUGGAUUAGUGAAUGUUUGAAGCAAAAUCAGCUAAUUGAUGCCACUCUAUUUGAAAUACGAGGUGAUCUUCCUUUUGGUGAAUAUCACGAUGGAAUGCGUCAUAGUCGCUUAUCGAAACAUCAAAAUUUAUUUCAACAUUGUCAAUUUUUUAUUUUAUGCGAUGGAUGCCAAGAAAAAAUGUCUAAAACUGAACUUGCUGCAUUAAUACAUUUAUGCAAUGGUACACUUCUCAAUACACUUCCAAUAGCAACUCCAAAUGAUCCUUCAAUUUUAACUAUUGUUUUAUGUGAUAAAUUACUUCCAUUCGAAUCGUCGAAGCAACAACACCUACUCGAAAGGUCUCGUGCAAAUGGUGUUAAUUAUCUUAGUCCGGAAUGGGUAUUGGAAUCGAUUGUUCAAUUUUCUUUACAGCCGUUUGAUCAUUAUGAAGAGAAAUUUUAA